AUGCAGAACAACCCCCAGGAGCUUUCAUGGCAGGCGAUCCAAGCUAUCGUGGGGGUUAAACUACCACCAAAUGUGUUACGAUUCGACGAUAUUGGAUUUCAUUUAGUCAAUAAUUCAGUUUCUAGCGCUGAAGAUUCCGACUCGGAUGUAGAAAUUGUUGAAAAUGAUUGGGAGUCAGACUACAACAUAUCCUCGAAGCUUGAAAACUCUGACAAUGAAAAAGCAUCACCGGAUAGAGAACAAAGCGAGUCACCAGUUCUUCAUCUCGUAGAGCCAGAUAAUAACAAUUCAGAUAAAAAUAUGUUAGAUUACAGAGACUAUUUAGUGAAAAUGGAUACCAAAGAUAAUUCAGAUAUUGACCAAAUGAUUCAACCCCAAAUCGACGAUGCUGAUAGUUCUAAUGGGAAUGUUAUGUCGAUUGAAAAUUACCUAGAGGUCACACUGUCUACUGAUUCAGAGGCUAGUCAUACUUGUAGCCAAUGUAACCAGAUGUUCCCCAGUGAACUUUUACUUUCCUCACAUGAGUGCAGUGUGAAACCUACCGAAGAGAAGAAAUAUCCGUGUCAUGUUUGCUCUGAAAAGUUUCCUAGUUAUUGGGAGCUUAGAAAACAUAUAAAUAAUCAUUUUCCAGGAAUGUUAGACUCGAAGUCCAGCUUCUGUCAUCUUUGCCAGAAAGAUUACACUAAAACGGGCUUUAUGAAUCAUCUACGUAAGCACACAGGCGAAAGGCCUUUUGUUUGUGAACUAUGCCAUAAAGCAUUCUCUCAGUCAAGCUCCCUCUCUAUACAUAUGAAGUUCCAUUUGAAUGUGCGAAAACAUGCUUGCACUGUCUGUGAGAAAAAGUUUGUAACAAAGAGUGAACUCUCACGUCAUAUGACAGUACAUACUAAGCAAAAAUCUUAUUACUGUGGAGUGUGUGACAAGGCAUUCACUCGCUCCGAUAAUAUGAAGAAACAUGAGAAAACUCACGGUUGA